GAGAGCAUCCGAACCUUUUCUUUCCCCUCUGUACUCCACGUAUACACCUAACUACGGUAUAUACGCCAUCUGUAGUUUAAAAAGAAAGAGAAAGAAAGAAACCAUGUUCUUUUAAGACUCCUAUAUUCUCUUUGCAUUCCUUCCAAAAACCCAUUUCUGAUUUCAAUCUCUUCUUCUGCCAUUUUUCAUGGCUACUCUUGAAGAUAUUGGAGUGUCUGCCUUCAUAAACAUAGGCUCUGCAUUUCUCUUCCUGUUUCUCUUCGCUUUUCUCAGAAUCAUACCUCAAUUUGAGAGAGUAUACUUCCCAAAAUGGUAUAUAAGCGGUGGGAGGCGGGCUGCUGAUGGGAAGUUUGCAGAUGGAAAAUCCAGGAACAUCUUCAGUUUCUUGAAUUGGAUGCCGGAGGCACUUCGGAUGAGCGAGACCAAGCUCAUUGAACACUCUGGGCUCGACUCUGCGGUUUUUCUGAGGAUUUUUCUUCUUGGCUUGAAAAUUUUUGUGCCAACAACGAUCCUAGCAAUCUUGGUUCUUAUUCCAGUCAAUGCAUCAGGGGGGACUUUAUUUUUUCUAAGAAGAGAUUUGGUUUUCAGUGACAUUGAUAAGCUUUCAAUAUCAAAUGUUAAACCCAGAUCCCAAAGGUUUUGGGCCCACUUAGGAAUGGCAUAUGCAUUCACAAUAUGGACUUGCUAUAUGCUCUACAAGGAAUACGAUAGAGUGGCAUUCAUGAGGUUGCAUUAUCUGGCUUCACAAAAUCGCCGUGUUGAUCAUUUCACAGUAGUUGUCAGAAAUGUACCACAUGUUUCCGGUCACUCGAUAUCAGAGACUGUGGACCACUUCUUCCAAACUAACCACCACGACCACUACUUAGGCCACCAAGCUGUCUACAAUGCAAAUAAAUUUGCCAAACUCGUAAGACAGCGAGAACGGCUCCAAAAUUGGCUGGACUAUAACCAGGUUAAACUUGAAAAACAUCCAGAUCAAAGGCCGACUAGAAAGAGCAGUUUUCUUGGCCUCUGCGGUAAACGGGUGGAUUCCAUUGAAUUCUAUAAAAAAAAGAUCAAUAAGCUCGAGAAAAAAAUGGCAUCCGAACGUCAGAAGAUUCUUAAAGAUCCAAAGGCUAUCAUGCCAGUCGCGUUUGUUUCGUUCAAUUCACGAUGGGGGGCUGCUGUAUGUGCACAGACGCAACAGAGCAAGAAUCCUACACUUUGGUUAACUGACUGGGCACCAGAGCCGCGUGAUGUCUACUGGCAGAAUCUUGCCAUACCAUUUUUAUCUCUCAGCGUCCGAAGGCUUGUGAUUUCGAUCUUGGUAUUUGCCUUGAUAUUCUUUUACAUGAUACCUAUUGCUUUCGUGCAAUCGCUUGCAAAUCUCGAGGGCCUCGAAAGAGUUGCUCCUUUCAUCAGGCCAGUGAUUGAAGUAAAGGUGAUCAAAUCAUUCCUCCAGGGUUUCCUUCCUGGUCUGGCUCUGAAAAUCUUCUUAUACGUUCUUCCAUCGGUUUUGAUGGUCAUGUCGAAAUUCGAAGGCUAUACGUCGAUCUCAUCGCUCGAACGAAAGACCGCAGCAAAAUAUUACUAUUUCAUGUUGGUGAACGUGUUUUUGGGGAGCAUAGUGACUGGAACAGCUUUCCAACAACUCCAUUCUUUCCUACAUCAAUCACCUACACAGAUCCCAAGAACCAUUGGAGUAUCAAUACCAAUGAAGGCCACCUUCUUCAUUACAUUCAUAAUGGUCGACGGAUGGGCCGGUAUUGCUAGUGAGAUUCUCCGACUGAAGCCACUAGUCAUAUUCAAGCUGAAGCAGUGGUUUUUGGUGAGAACCGAGAGAGACCUGGAGAAGGCAAUGAACCCCGGAAGCCUUGACAUCCCAGAGACUCUACCAACCCUCCAACUAUACUUUUUGCUCGGGCUAGUAUAUGCCGUCAUCACUCCGAUCCUCCUUCCUUUCAUACUCAUCUUUUUUAGCUUUGCAUACCUCGUCUAUCGUCAUCAGAUUAUUAAUGUCUACAACCAACGAUACGAGAGUGUUGCUGCGUUUUGGCCGCACGUUCAUGGAAGGAUAGUUGGGAGCUUGUUAAUAUCUCAUCUUCUUUUGCUUGGUCUACUCAGCACGAAGAAAGCCGCCAACUCCACUCCUCUGCUUCUUGCUCUACCUGUGCUUACGAUAUGGUUCCACAAAUACUGCAAGAGUCGCUUCGAACCGGCAUUCCGGAAGUUCCCACUAGAGGAAGCCACAGCAAAGGACGCAAUGGAGCGAGCUUCUGAGCCAAACCUUAACCUCAAAGCUUACUUAGCCGAUGCGUACCUGCACCCGAUCUUCCGGUCAUUCGAGGACAUAGAAUUGGGAGAGGUGAGGAUCGACAAGAACCAAUCGCAUGUGACCACACCUGCGAUGAGCGAGCUAAGUUCCCCGUCCCCACCCCAUUAUGUGUAUCACUACGAAGUCGAGCCUUGAAUUGGGGGUUGAAUGCAGUGGGUCCCACUCGCGGCCCACUACUGAGCUGAGCUUUGGGUUUCUAAACUGGGUGUGAUUAUGGGGCCGCUCCUCUCGCUCAAGUUAUCUCCUUCUCUUUGCCUUUUUUUUUUUUGUAUUUAUUUUCGUUCAUGUAAAUAUGUAGUGAACUUCAUUGCUAGGGAAAGGAGAAAUUCAAAGUCCCCCAUGGCUAGAAAUGCAUGGCCUUUUGAGUUCUUUGAUCGAUUCCAGCCAUCUGAUCUGGCUCUGUAUAUUAUAGUAGUCUGUUUGCAUAAAACACAUGUACAUCAUGGCAGUCGUGCUUUUAGACUUGAAAUUGAAACGUCCAUGUAACACU